AUGCAAAUAAAUAUAAAAGUGAAUGAAAAACAAAAUACUGAGAUCCUUUUUGAGGAUAUCAUUUAUGAUCUUUUAUUGCAAUGGCGCAUGGAAACACCAAGUGAAGGUUGGUCGACUAAACAUUUCAAGGCGACGAAAUUACAAAAACAACAUAAAAUGUCUAAGAACGUUGCCAGUUUGACAAAUAAAACUGCAAUAGUCUCACGGAAUAUCUUAAGAAGAACGUUCACCCACGUUGAUGUGGAUUAUGAGACUCUCUUCGUCUGUUGUGUUUAA